CAACAGAUACAAUAUGUUAUUCCAUUGUAUUCUUUCAUCUCUACUGGUCUCUGUAUUCACGGCGACAGUCCCUUCUCAACAAACACCAACAUUCUGUCAUGGUUUAGACUGUCCAACUUUUACCACGGUUCAAUCUUUUAAGGAUUAUGACUUACGUAAAUACGAAGCAUUGAAAUGGGUUGCAACAAAUGUAACUACAAUGCAAUAUACAGACGAUAUUAGCAGAGAAAUGUUCAUGAGGUUGUUUUAUUACAUUUCUGGAAACAAUAGUGCAGCAAUGAAGAUUCCCAUGACAGCUCCAGUCCUCCGGACAGUUAUUCACGGACAAGGUCCAACAUGUGAAGCCACGUUUAUUACCCAUUUUAUGAUACCACACAACAUGCAGACAAACACACCAACACCCACCGACCCAAAGGCCUAUCUAGUCACCUUACCAGAAAGGAAUUUUUAUGUCAAGUCUUUCACAGGUAGACCUUCUGACACAGACAACGUAGAGAAAGUUGAAGAACUGGCACAAGAUAUAGGAAACCCCAACUUAUAUUUAGAUAAUUAUUACUUCACUGCUGGUUACGACAGCCCAUAUGCCAUUCACAGGCACAAUGAAGUAUGGCUGGAAUCUACAAAAUAAAACUUAUUCGAAAGUAUUCGAUUGUAACGUCUGUGCAAAAAUUUAUCACGUUUAAAUUUGAAUUCAUGUUUAUGAGAUUCUUUAUAAAAAUGUACAAGUUAUUGCUUAAACUCACUCCAGUCUGUACAUAAUUGAGACCAUAAAGUAUAUUGUCAGCUGACUAAAUGCAAAACUUGAAAAUGAAAUUCGCAAGUAAUAACAAAUUCGGCAGUUAUAAUGUGUCUUUAAUAUAAUUUAUUUGACCAUGUGCAUAGCUACCUCUUUUGUAAUUAAAAUUUUGAAUUAA